AACUGGCUACAGAAACAGAAAAAGCGGAAGGAUGACUUUCUACGAUUCGGUGUACCCCUUCUACCCCCACAAAAUGACCCCGUUUAUCUUUAAUAUGAACCAGCUUAUUGUCAUCCUGGUGUUUUUGGUCUUUAUUUGCACGUUUCUCAUAAUCCUUCCGGGAAUCAGAGGAAAAGCGAGGGUGUUCUGGAUGUUUCGAAUUAUUCUCAGCCUGUUCAUUGGUGUGGUGAUUGUCGUGGUGAAUUUUACCAGCGACUGGGCAAUCGGUUACAUUCGAUCAAACACAACUUACAAAUCCUUCAGUGAUGCGACUGUCGAUGCAGAGAUCGGACUGCACGUCGGCUUAGCAGGCAUUAACGUGACACUCACAGGUAAUCCAGUACAUCAGCUAAAUGAAACCAUAGACUACAAUGAAAGAUUCCUGUGGACUGGUGACUACAAUGAAGAGUACACUGAAGGUCUGCUGAAAGGUUUACCUAAUCCCAUACUCUACCUGGCAGAGAAGUUCUCCCAAGACAGCCCCUGUGGCCUUUACUUCCAGUAUAAAUACUCAGGACGCUACGCAUCGGCAACAAUGUGGACAGCCUUCUGCUGCUGGCUCAUCUCCAAUGUUCUCCUAUCCAUGCCAGUCAUCCUUUACGGCGGAUACAUGCUAGUCACAACAGGCACAUUCAUGAUCUUUUCGCUGAUUUCCUUUUCCACCAUAUGGAACGUCCCAUCUUGUGUCAUAAGUUUGGGCUCCGUGGCUCUUAAUACCAACUAUGGGGGCUCAUUUUGGCUCACAUUGGCUACAGGCCUGCUGUGUAUUCUUCUUGGCAUUGUCAUCAUCAUCUUGGACAUCUGCAUUCCAGAGAAGCUGAAGAUUUUUUUCAAUGCCAGUGAUGUGGAUGAUGAAGACAGCAAUGGCAGUCUUACAACGUGCUAUGUUAACAUUUCAUUUAUCGAGAACCAGAAUGCACGGUCAUUAGAAAAAUUCAAAUGUGUGGAUGGAAACAAGACCUUCAUAAACUAUGGAGUAUGAAGAAUGUACAUUGAUUGCAUUGAUUAAAG